CUCGUCCAGCACGCCAACACGUCAAUAUCUGCCUUUUGCUUUUCCUCUGGCCGCUUUGUCUCCUUCGGCGCGCGUCAAAGCAGUGCAGCGAGAGACGUCUCCAGAUCUAUCUGAACUGACCGUCUCCCCUUCCUCAGCCCAAGUGCCCCUCAUCGCUCGCAUCGACUACGUAUUGGACUAUAGUACUUGGGGGGGGCUUUCACGACAUCCCCAACCACCUGACUCGCUCGUCCCUCGCAUCUGA